UCUUCCCUUGACAGAUUCUCCUCCUUCUACUCUGUCUUCUGCGCCAUAUUUUCCUUCCGCUGGAUCCCGACUUUGCAAAUGCAAAUAUUAGCAAACUUCUUCUUGCGAAUCAGCGUACUUGUAUUACGAUCGAGAUGGGGUCAUUCAAGGGCCAUGUGCUGCCCGGUUCCAUGUUUUUGUUGGUAGGGUUGUGGCACACGUUGAACUCCAUCACCAACUAUGUCGAGAAUCCCAAGGCAUUUCGCGCCCGCGUGUGGCAUCCGGUUCGUUGCUUCAGUGGCAAAACUCGCUGCCUAGAGCUGUACAUUCUCCUGGUGGGUACCUUCACCGAUAUGUGCAUCGAGUUUUUUUAUUCUACUCAUUUGAAGUUUACAGUCAAUGGCGCCAUCAACACCAAUCAUCUGAAUGAUUUCGAGCAUGCCGCCAUGCUUCUUAUGUUUUUCCUCUUCGUCAUCGUUGUCUUGAUUAGUGAAAACACUAGGUGGUUGCCUCUUCCAGAAGGGUCGCUCUUUGUUGUUGCAGCUAUGGCUUUUACAGCGGAGUUCCUUCUUUUCUAUUUUCAUUCCACAAACCACCAUGGCUUGGAAGGCAGAUACCAUGAAAUCCUGGUUCUGCUUAUAGGUUUAUGCAUCGUAUGUGCACUCCUAUCAGCAGCGUACCCGGAGAAUUUCGCCGCUGACAUGCUCAGUGGAAUUGCGCUUACUUUGCAAGGCGCCUGGUUCUACAUGAUUGCGUUCACUCUCUAUGGUCCACUCAUGCCAGAUGGGUGUUCAGAUGUAAGGGAUGAGAUUGUGUGUAUUGGAGACUCGUUUGAAGUUAGAGGGGAAGCCGUAGCCCACAUUCAGCUCGCGGCCCUAGUUCCUUGCCUUUGGGUUCUGAUUCUAGUUGCUUAUGGCUUGGCUGCCCAUUUCUGGGGUCAUCCUGAUGUAUUUCAUCCCCCCAGCUCUGAGAUAACUGAUUUCAGAUCUGGUCCCUUAGAUUCUCCCAUGUCCGCUGAGCAUUGACUAACCUCAGGCAUUCUCAGUUGCUUUAUGUGGCUGAAUAGCACUAAGUUACGAAGGGGGCCUUUCGAGUCAAAUCUUCAUCGACUUUUUCCUACCUUUGGACUGAUACAUUCACACCUAUUUGCACAAACGGAAUUCCCAAUCCCAGAACAAAACUUGUUGAGUGUUGAUGAUGCAGGAUGCAAUCAUCAUUUAUGUAAAGUUUCCAUUUUAUAGCUUAUCAGAUAGUGAUUGGGAUGAGUCGUCAAUGAAGCCCCAGGUGAACCUCCUACGCUAGUAAAGCAUUUCGGCUGUUUAUUCCAAUGAAUCUUCAGUGGCAUUCUUGUAUACCAGAAGCAUGAGUUCUCAACACCGUUGACAGGAAGAGCUUCCUGCGCCGAAGGCAGCAUUGUUGAGGUUUCCCAGUUUCCCCAAGCUUCUGCGACCAUGCAGGCAAAGUGGGCAACUUUGUGGCUACCGAACAGUUAAGUGAUCAGUCAACUGUUUUAUAGGCGCUGAGAUAUGCUGAGAUUUAUAUAACUAGUAAACCAGUUUAGUAGCAAUUCAUAGUUUGAUCUUUGAGCAUUUUUCAAAUUUUAGGUUUGCUAGAUACACUGUCUGCCAUGGUGUUUGCCAUCGUCGAAAUUCAACAGUUCUGAGCAUUCAUUCUGCCGGCAUAUCCUGGCGUCAUUUGUAGGCAAUUCCUUGGAAUAUUGUUUUUGUACAUGGUUUUUGACACAAGUUGGGCCACAAACUUGAAUUUGUGCUACAUUUUAUGGAACAUCGAAAAAAGAUUUUUAUAUAAA